AUGCCGAAAAAGCCGACGAAUCUGAACGCGAAAGGGGACAAAAAUCUGACGCAAAAGUCUCCGGCGGAAUUUUUCCAAGACAACAAAGGCAUCGCUGGGUUCGAAAACGCGGGGAAAUCGCUGUACACGACGCUUCGAGAGUUCAUCGAGAACGCGUUGGAUGCGGCGGAAGCGAUCGGGACGCUGCCGGAGAUCGAUAUCGCGGUGGAGGAGGUGUCGGUGUCUCAAUACGAGAGCCUCAUCGGGCUCAAGGCGCACGUGCGGUUGGACGACGAGCUGUACGCGGAUUUUGAGAGCGAUAAGGCGAAGGCAAAGCGGUUGGCGCAAGAGGCGAAAAAGGCGGCGAAAGCGGCGUCGGCGGCGUCGAAGCGAGGGGGAGGUGGGAAGCGGGAUCAGGCGAAAUGUUUUUAUAAGAUUACCGUCAAGGACAACGGGAAGGGCAUGCAACACGAGGACAUUCCGAACAUGUUGGGACGGGUUUUGAGUGGUACCAAGUACGGGGUGCGACAAACGCGAGGGAAAUUCGGACUCGGGUCGAAAAUGGCGUUGAUUUGGUCCAAGCAAACCACAGGAUUGCCCAUUCGCAUUCGAAGCGCGUUGCCGAACCAGUCGUUCAUCUCCGAGUACGCGUUAGACAUCGACAUCGAGAAGAACGAGCCAAACAUUCAUAAGGAGGCGAAAUUACCCAAUGACGAUAAGUGGCACGGUGCGGAACUGUCGGUGACCAUCGAAGGUAACUGGACGACGUACAGGCAAUACGUGUUGUCGUAUUUGAGACAGCUCGCCAUCGUCACGCCGUACGCGCAGUUUCGGUUUAGAUUUGUUACCUCUGCGGCGACGACGUCGACGGCGAAAGAUAUCGAUAUCGUAUUUAGACGCCGUACCGAUAUCAUGCCGGCGCUUCCCACGGUGACGAAGCAUCACCCUUCGGCGGCGAAGGAGAACAUGCUCUUGAUAAAGGAUUUACUUUCGCAGACGCGUGAGAAGAAUUUGCUCAACUUUUUGCAUAAAGAGUUCACGUGCAUCAACAAGGACCAUUCUUCUCGCCUGAUUCAAGAACUCGGCUACGGUUUCGAUACGGACAUGCACCCGUCCGAGGUGACGGAUAAGCAAGCGACGAGAAUACAGCAGCUUUUGGCGGACGCGCGCUUCGACGAUCCAGACGGCUCGUGCCUUUCGCCGGCGGGCGAAUACAACCUGCGUUUAGGCAUCAUGAAGGAGCUCGGCCCAGAGUGGAUCGCAUCAUUUUGCGCUCCUGCUUUAGCUUGCGGUGGACACCCGCUCGUCGUCGAAGCUUGCGUUUCGCUCGGCGGUCGCGAAGUGAAACCGGGAUUCAACGUGUUUCGCUUCGCAAAUAGAAUUCCGCUCCUCUUUGAAGGCGGUAACGACGUCGUUACGAGAUGCGUGCAGCGCUUGAACUGGAACACGUAUAAGAUUGACAAGAACAACGAUAAGAUUGGCGUCUUCGUCUCCAUCGUGUCCACAAAAAUCCCUUUCAAAGGCACGUCCAAGGAGUACAUCGGGGAUGAAAACAACGAAAUCGCCGACGCCGUCGACAAGGCAAUCAAGCAGUGCGCCUUGCAGCUUCGAGGGAAGAUUGUCCGCGCGCAAGUGGCGAAAGAUCGGAAAGCUCGCAAAAAGCAACUCGCCAAGUACAUUCCUGAUGUGGCGCGCGCAGUCUUCGCGAUGCUUGCGGCCGCCGCGGACGCGGACGAGCCGCCAUCGAAACGCGCUCGCGUCGGCGCCGCGUUAUGGAAGGUGGACGAAAAGUGGGAGACGGACGUUUUGGAGCGGGCGAGAGAAGGUGAAGUGAGUGAAGCCGUGCUCAGGGCAAAGCUUGAAGAGCACGUGCAACGAAGUGAUCACGAACAAGCGCUGGAAUUUGCCAUGCAAAACAACAAGGAUGGCUUAAGCGAACUCAUGUACUUGGUGCCCAAGACGCCCGAGCACGAGUACCUUCCCGAGAUUCGAAGCGGAUCGUGUGCGUUUAGAUUUCUCAAGGCGGCUGAAUUGCGAUGA